AUGGCUCAGCUAGCCCAUCAUUUACAGCCAUUUCUUCAUCAUGAUCAAUCGGACUUUGUUACUAUUCUCAGUAUUGAUGGAGGUGGUGUUAGGGGCAUCAUCCCAGCAAUUAUUCUACAAUGCCUUGAGAAGGAGCUUCAGGUAUACGAUGAGAACGCAAGAAUCGCAGACUAUUUGGAUGUGAUCGCCGGGACCAGCACUGGUGGACUCAUCACAGCCAUGCUUGCAGCACCAGAUGAGAACAAACGUCCGAAACUUACUACUGACCAGAUUAUCUACAUUGGGCUCAUCAAUUUGUCUAUCACUCCGCAAAUGAAUAUCAAUGGCUGGCGACAAAGAAUCCAGGCUUAUCUGUACAAACCCAAGUACGAUGGUGAAAAUUUACAUAACAUCGUAAGAGCCAAGUUGAAGGGAAUAAGACUGAGUGACACAGUGACCAACGUUGUAAUUCCAACCUUCGACAUGAAGCAAAUCCGACCUUCUAUUUUCUCAAGCUGCAAGCUGAGGGAAAUCGACGAUGUGGAUCUGUCAGACGUAUGCAUUGGAACUACAGCUGCGCCAACGUAUCUUCCCCCACAUUAUUUUCCAGAACAUGACCCAAAGUUCCAUUUGAUUGAUGGCGGUGUCAUAGCAAAUAAUCCGGCUUUGAUUGCUAUAAUUGAGGUCACACAGGAUCGGCCGGUAGCAGUAGAGCGGCCACCAAUAGGGAUGAUAAAUAGAAGAUUGGUACCAAGAAUCAUACCAAGGGUGUUGCCAAAUGAGUAUACAAAAAUAUUUUUGAUAUCAUUAGGGACUGGAUUUCGGAAGCCAAACAAAGAUUAUGAUGCCAGAGCCGCUCAAAAAUGGGGCAUUCUCGCCUGGGCGACUGGCCCUAUCACUGAAUUAACACUUGAUGGAAGUCAGGACUUGGUUGAUUAUCACCUUGCCUCUGUUUUCCGAGCCCUUGGCUCAAAAACUUAUACGAGAAUUCAGACUGACAAAUUAAGUGGAAAUACGGCUCAAAUGGAUUGCACCACCGACGAAAACAUUAGUAAUCUGGAGACGUUGGCAAAUGACAUAUUAGAUGGACUAGUUCAGAGGAUGAACUUAGAAACCUUCAAGCUCGAAGACGACCCCGACGAUAAACGUUCAUAUCGAGAAGCCCUCAAAGAGUAUGUAUCCCUGCUUGCACAGUGGCUAAAUCUCUCCACGAUAUUAGAGAAGCGAAGGAAAGGACCUAAUGAGUGGAAAUGGAAUGAAGUGAUGAGCCAAAGCUUUCAAAGUGGGGUGGCAUUGGUGGUGUUUCAAUAA